AUGGCUCCAAGCGGAGGCCCGUCCAUGACCUCUCAGGCCAGAGCAGCUGAACUGAAUGCAGCAGCAGCAGCCAGAGCUCGAAUCCUCAAUGGUAACCGCAAUUGGGAGCUACCAGACAAUCCACCGAGGAGCAUCCCCAGCCAAUCUCCAUCAUCUCAAACGAAUAACCCCUCGUCUCAGAAGAAGAACGCUGAACUGGGUGCUGUCGAAAGUUUCAGACGUCCCAAUCGUCCUGUUGACCGUUAUUAUCCACCUGUCGCUACCUCUGCUACACCUAUUCCUGUGUAUGCAUMCCCCCCGCCGCAUUAUACCGACCCUCGUGCGAUGUACGUUCCUGCGCCGUAUCCUGUGGCGACGGAUUAUUAUUAUCCGCCAAUGUACCAGUCCAUGCAAAGCUUUCAACCGAUAUAUUCAACCCACAUGAGCGGGUAUCGUCCUCCCAGCCCUCUACACCGUGGAGCGAUUGUAGCUAUGACGCGUCAAAACACUUCACGUUCUGCUGGUGCUUCGCCAACAAAACCUGGGCCGCUCCAGCAUGUAAAAGUUCCUGCUACACCUCCUGUCAAGUCUUCACGAUUUUCAAGCCCAGCAAAGAGUCUACCGAGAGGCUCGUCGAGAGGUCAGUCCAGAGGUUCGUCCAGGGGUACAUCGAGGAGCCCAUCAAAGAGCCCAGUGAAGAGACUCAGAGCAACAAAAAGCUCGGAAAAGUCACCAGUGGAGGUUCUUAGCUUAUUUACGCCUGAUGAUUUGAGUCCUCUCAAGGUGGAGGUGGAACUCAAGCGCUUCAAAGCCGAACUAGCAAGGAUCGCGUCUUCAAAAGAAGAGAAAAAAUCCAGCGACAAUGCUGAAGGUAAAGCCAGCCCUGGAAAGUCACCAGUGAAGUCAAGCAACAGUCAUGAGGGUGAUAAUGAUCAUCACAAAGACAAAGAUCCUAAAGUGGAAGAAGAUGGCCAAUCGACACCUCGUGCAAAGCAACCGGAGCCAUCGAAUGUUGUACGAGCACAAAGGAUCAACGACCAGUUAGCCAUGGAGGUGCACCCUGAAGCAAGAAGAAAGCCACCUACUUUGGAGGAUUCCCCUUUGACGCAAAAGACAUAUAGGAAUUCUAUGGUCGAUAAAGUUCGGCCAUUUUCUUUCUUGCCAGCAGGAUUGAUGCCUCGACCUGCCGUGAAGGACAAUCUCAGUACAGCGGACCAGAUGUUGCGAGUUCAGGAAGCUCAUAACGCAAAUCCUGACAAGAGCAUGUACCAGGAUGAUGGAAUAUUUCACGUAGCUCAAAAGACUGAUGAUUCUAUCGGUGAAGCCACGCCAAAGGCUGUGCCGAGAAGACUACAGUCACCAUUUCAGCUUCGUCCUCGUUCACCCGUGGCCUUUUACAAGCCAAUUGUCAACAAGUAUGCACGAAACGUCUUUGCGUCACAGCAAUCGCGUCUGGAAGAGUUCUGCAAAGUAGAGACUGGGCUAUCCUGGAUGGCGUUUCGACAGAAGCCUGAAGUGAAGGAUUUGCCAGGUCCUUUCAAGGGGCUUCCACGGUUUUCUCUUCUGGGUGAAAAUGCUCAACGUCCGAUGGACACUGGGAUCCUCGUGCCUCCUCCUGGAUUUGCAAUUCCAGGUCCAUUACUAUUGCCUCGCUCUGUACACUGGAACCCUGAAACUAACCCCAGUAAUCGUGCCGCUACAUAUUACGAGCGGGUGCUAGCGGCUGAAGAUUGGUUCCAUCAAAGCAUCUUGGAGAGGAAAGAAUCUUCCAACCAAUUUCAGAGGAAACUCAAUGAGGUACGAUCAAUAAUAUUCAAUGACCAGGACCCUUUCAAGGAUCUUCCACCACCGCCUACAAACCUCAAAGGAGCCCAAGUCACUGAGUUGGUCAAACGUGUUUCGGAGCAAUUGAUCUCGUACACUGAUACAACGGAAAAUAAGAGAAGGGGCUUUGACUUUAGUGAUGUUGAGUUUACGCUUUAUGCUGCAACUGGCUUUCGAGGGUCGAAAAGGAAUCGCCGUAGAAACAGAAGAUCUCACCGUGCAAGAUACCGUGGUGUUGAAUUUGAUAUUGCUCCAGGCAGUGAAAUUUUUGACGGGGGUAUUUUCGCCAGUGAAUUAUGCUGA